UUUCCAAGGCUGCCGAUAUGGGUAAUCGCCACGUCUUUAGUAAACUAUUGGUACUCAUCAUGAUAGUCAAAGGAAGUCUUCAAGGAAAGAAGUACAGAGAUGAAAUAAUAAGAUAUCCCAAAGACACUAACUACUGGGUAACGGACUUUUUCGUGAGGGGCUGUAAAAAUUUCAUUGAGAAAUGUCCUGCGGCUUAUAAGAUACAAGCAAUAUGCGCCCGCAACUAUGACGGCGAUUAUAAGAACUUUCCGAACUAUUGCGAGAUGCAGUACGAAAACUGUAACACAUGGAGAAACUGGCGAGUGUACAAACGUGAGCGGUGCUGAGAAACGGGAAAGGUGUCUUCAAUAAAAUACAAUUCUUACGAUC